AUGGAGGUACCAGUAUUUUUUGGACAAGAGUUAGACAGUUUGCUGGAAAAGGGCGCCAUACUGCCUCCCUCCUGCCAUACUCUACCCCCUGAAUUGGGUUUGGGUCUAGCUUUUUCGGGCACACCGAACCCUGUCAUCGUAGCAGCUUUUUUGGCUUUUUUCUCCAGGGACAGCUCAGGCAAGGCAAGAAAUAGCAAUAUGCGACAUCGUCCCAUUGGUAUUGGUGUUCAGGGUCUUGCUGAUGCAUUUAUAUUAAUGAGGUUUCCCUUUGACAGUGAUGAAGCAAUGUUAUUGAAUAAACAAAUUUUUGAAACUAUAUAUUACGGUGCCUUGAAAGCCAGUUGUGAAUUGGCUGAACGAGAUGGAGUAUAUGAAUCUUAUAAAUUUGGAGAUGGAUGUCCUGUUAGUAAAGGAAUCUUACAGUACGAUAUGUGGGAUGUAACUCCAACCGAUUUACAUGAUUGGGAUGCACUGAAGAAAGACAUUGCUACACAUGGUUUACGUAAUAGUUUAUUAUUAGCACCUAUGCCAACAGCUUCAACUGCACAGAUACUGGGUAACAAUGAAUCAGUUGAGCCUUAUACAACCAAUAUCUAUUCAAGAAGGGUUUUAUCAAAAGAAUUUCAGGUUGUGAAUCACCAUCUACUGAAAGACUUGACUGAGAUGGGUCUCUGGAAUGAUGAUAUGAAGAAUUUGUUGAUUGCUAACAAUGGCUCUAUUCAGAGCAUCGAUGGAAUUCCAGAUCAUAUCAAGAAACUGUACAGAACUGUGUGGGAAAUCUCUCAGAAGAAUAUUUUGAUCAUGGCUGCAGAUAGAGGAGCAUUCAUUGAUCAAAGUCAGUCAUUGAACAUUCAUAUUGCAGAGCCAAACUAUGGAAAACUGACCAGUAUGCACUUCUUUGCAUGGAAGCAGGGAUUGAAAACUGGUAUGUAUAACUUAGUCAAGUUAUGAAUACUGCUCACAGAUGUCUAUCUAACGUGAAAAUUCAACGAUUUGUACCUGCUGAGAUGAGUUGAGCUGUGAUGGUCUUAUAAUAAUAUUACCGCCAUUCCAUGUGUACAUACUAUAUUAGUACUGAAUCAAAAUACACCAGAUCAUCAUUGAUCUCUUACUGUAGAAUACCUUAUAUUCACUUGGAAUUAAUUUUCACAGAAGGAAUGAUUCAGUGAAAAUAAAAUCCAGCGAGAAUAUACCGUUGUUCCUAUAUUUUACAUUCAACUUGUCAAAAAUCAGUGAAAAUAAAUUCCCUACAAAACACC